AUGUCGAGCAUCUUUCUGUUUGCUCAGGAUCAUGGUAAAGUUGGAAGUUCUUACAGUCAGCUGCAAAAUGAUUUACAUGAAAAGUUAAAGGAAAUCUCAGAACAAAUCAAACGAGAUGGGGUUUCCAUUCCCGAUGUUUUGCGUCCAUUAACGCGAGAUUCUAUUGCUCAGUGUGUGAUAGGCCCGUCACAUAUUGCUUUCCGUCUAAAGGAUGGCCAAGUUUGUCGCGUGGCUUAUACCAUAAAUUCAGAUCGUUUAUCUCAGAAGUCUGAUAAAAAGAAAAAGCAAGGGACACCUUAUAGUGAUUCGUCUGGCUCUGUUAGAGAGGGAGCUGUGUCUCGUACUGGAAAUACCCAACAUGCGGGGCGUUCAUACAGAUCACCUUUAACUGUUCUUGGUAGAACCUCCCGAGGGAUUAGUUUUCUACGUGAAAUGCACCGUCAAGGAAUUUACCUUGCAAGACCGGUUGCACAUCAAAUCCCUGAAAGCGAAAUCCCUGAGGUUCUUAUUGAGGAGUGCCAAACUGUUUUGCAAGGGAAAUCGCGUCAAGUAAUUGUGCGUGAACUGCAAAACACAAAUUUGGACGUCAAUAUGGCGGUGAACAAUCUGCUUUCACGUGAUGACGAGGCAGAACAAGGCAACGGAGGAAAUUCCAGUGAUGGCAAUGCUCAAGGAGGUGGUAGUGGGAAUCCAGAUGACUACUACUGGGACGACGAAGCAGUUGAACUGUUAUCAUUUUUUGAAUAUCCGGAUAGUCAUGGGAUUUUCGAAAAUGAUGGCUCAAAUGCUGAUGAAACUGCUGGACCCCCAACAUCACCGCGUUUUCGUAGUGAUUUGACAUCUGAUUACGACUAUAGUUUCAUUACUGAUCGUCGCAAACGUCGGCGAAUUGACCCUCAUUUAUAUAGCAGAAGCGGUGAACUUUAUACUGGACGCAAUGCUUCUGUCAUCAGUGACUCCACUUACAACAGAUCUGCUACUGAUCCGUCGAGAAAUUCAAACACUUCAGAUUCAGUAAGUGAUAAUGCAAAACAGUCUGCCGGCUCUAUUCGCUAUUAUGUUCAGCUAUGCGAUACACUUGAAUUCUGGCCAGAUCCUGACAAUUCUGAUUUAAAUUUACAUUUCGUACAUAUCGUUGCUCUACAUUCGGAAUUAGUUGCCUUAAAUGCCUGGGGAGAACUUCAUCAAUGGCGAUGGGCAGAUGCUACACCCUUUGUUAUGCAAAAUACUAGUCAUAUGAAUUCAAAAGAUAUUAACGAUAAGAAAUCGACUCACAUUUCGAACAUUUCAGAAGGAGAGCCAACAGGGCUUGGAGAACAAACUAUUUCCAGAGUGUAUCACCCACGAGUACUGGACCUUGGUUUAGCGGAAGAGAAAGUUAUCAAGCUUUCUGGUUGUGCUACACGAGCAACUGUGUUAACAGAUACUGGAAAGUUCGCCACAUGGAUGGAUGAGAGUCUUAUCCAAUCUUUACCUGCUUCUUCAUACUCAGUAGGUUCAUCUUCUGGUUCUUUGGGGAUAGAGCAUCGAGGUAUUUGGUUUCCUGAGCUACGUGAUGAGGUGAUUAGUGAAAUUUACACUGCUCCUCUAGUGACUGUAGUCCAUUGUUUGUCGGGCUCGGUGUACUGGUGGGGUGUAUAUCCUUCUUACAUGCGACAGAGAGCAAUUGAAAAACUAAGACAAAAUCGUGCUCCUACAACUCCUAAAAAGGGUAGUGCACCAUCUAAGAAUUUAAUGAAAAAUCGAUAUUUUUCAUCUCUACAAAGUAAUAAUAACACCUCUUUUGCUGAGACGACAGGUUCUGUUACAGGGGAAAUCAAUGCACAGAAUGUGAAUGAUAUGUUUAACUCGAAUGCUGGUAUUGUACUGGGUUCAUUUGUUUGCAUACGCAGUGCUCCAAUAUUUCAUGCUGGAGCGAUUGGUUUUACUGUGAUGGAUGGAGUACCAAAGGUAGGAACACUUCUUGAAGAUGCUUGGAAAAUUACAGAUGUUUGUAGAUUUCGAGUUAACACUGUUAACUCCUCUUCAUUUAUAUCAGGAAUUAACGAUGGCCCGCUUCAUCCUCCUGUUUUAUCCUCUGAUUCCUCUCAACACUUACUAACCUGUCCAUAUGCACUGGGUGCAUCCAUUUCCAGUCAAUCUAGUUCAGGACAGUGCCUGGGGUCGUUGGCUUAUAAUUCUUCGUCGACGCAGUCAUCUAAUGAUCAAGUACCUGCCUCUUCAAGUGGGAACAAUUCAACAUUAACUUUCCAAGAGAUGCCGCCCCCACCUUCACCAGCUUCGUCUACAUGUAGUGAUCAGUCUGGUCCAGUAAGAGUUAGUCCUGGAACAUUUAAGAGGAAAAAGGUUUCUAGCGUGUCAGGUGAUCGUAGCGAUCGUGUCAUAGGCGACUGGGAUAUUGGCAAUCAGAAUAAUGGUCGCAAUGUACGUGGUCGAUCUGCUGAUCGAGAUUCUUCCUUUAUUGUUUCAACUGGUGCUACAACUAAACGUGGUUCUACUGAUUUAAAUAAUGAUACCACUGAUAUGAAUACUAAGUCAGACGGUGGAUAUAAUAGAGCAUCCGGUAAUAGUAUUUCCGAAGAAGACUGGUGUUUGAGUGAUGUUGUUUUCGUCGAAGACGGUCGAACUCAACCCGUGGGUAUUGUGCUUAAAGUGGAUGGAAAUAUUGCUGCUGUCAAAUUCUUGAAGGAGCAAGAACGUUUAUGCGUGGCGGCUAAUUGUCCAUACUCGCCUGUAUGUACUCUGAUAAACAGCAUUUUAGGUACUGGCUCUUCAUCAGCAUCAAUGACACCAAUGUCUACAGAUCCGAUGAGUUGGCUUAAUGAUUGCAGAUUACUUCGCAAAGAGGACUUGACCAUCGUUCGAAAUGCAGGAUUAGUGCGUGUUCCUGAUGUGAUUCAACGUACCCCUAGGCGGGUGUUCACCUUCCCGAGUGGUGGGUGUUGCCAGCGUAAUUCAUGUGACUCCAAGAAUUCGAAAACAUUAUCUUCUGAUCCUCCAAAAAUCUUAGCAAUUGCAGCAGAGAACAGCCGUAUUCAUGUUAUUGUAGGCCAAAAAGAAAGUGGAUCUCAUCAGCCUACUUUUUAUCAGGUUUACAACUUAUCAGGGAAGCUUAUAAUUAAUCAAAAAAUGCCAUAUGGUGCCUCUGCUUUCAAAUCUGUCUCAGAAUCGAAAGAAGAAUCAGCCACUAUAGUAUGCCCAGCAGAACAUCCACUGCUGUUACGAGAUCCUGGUGGUCUUGUCUUACCAUUCAUCCCACCUUCAAGAAUCUGUAGUCAUGAAACAUGGAUUAGUCCAUUUCCAGUUGAUCUUCCUCCUGUUCAGUGUGCUUCUUUCUCAUGGAUUAGAAAUAAUUUGCCGUCUUCUGGAGCCUUAGGAAAUACAAACGGACGACAGUCAACAAAAUCACAGAGUGAACAACAACCACGUUGUCUUUUCGGUUUAGUGGUUAUCCAAGACCAAACUUUGAUGCAACACAUUCUACGAGCUAAUGAUGUCCAGAUUGAAAGAUUGUUGGCUACUGACUUAUCUUCAGGCGAAAGUCUUAAACUAGCUUGUGAACUUGCAGACGGGCGACGUAAUCUACUGCAUAUGGCUGUGUCGAUGUGUGCACCGCAGUCGAAUCGAGAAACAACUCCAGAAUGGUUAUCAAAGCUUGAACCUGUUCUUGCCUCUCCUCGUUUACGUCCUCCUCCAGUUGAAGAUAAGGACAAAUCUGACAAGGGAUCUGAAUCUAAGGAUACUCCUGUAAUUAAAGUAACUGCUUCAAAUAAUUCCAGUCAUCAGCCUUCAUUUUGGUCUUCUUUGGCUCGACGAUCAUCAAGUAUGACAGGAUCCUUAAGUAUGCAUGAAUUAUUUAUUCGAUCUUCAAUUGAAGCCGCUACUGUGGCAGCUGCAGCAGCAUUGUCCAACUCGUCUUCACGUUCUGAUUCUGAAGUGCGCACUAGUACUGCUACUAACACAACUCUGUCAUCUGCCAAUGGGGUAAACUUUUGGCACUUUCCUCCAGUGAGAAAAGAUGAAAUUACACGAAGGGUUGCUUCAUAUCGAAUUGUUCAUCUUUUAAUCGAAAGUCGACAUUUGUUACCUAGUUUAAUCCCACUUCUGACAGCUCGUAAUACAGAUGAUUUGACCCCGUUAAUGUUGGCGGUUAAACUUCGGGCAUAUAGUGUUGCUCGUUAUUUGUACGAAAUAGUUCUCCGUAUUGUAGGAGUGUGUGACGAUGCAGGUUUUGCAUGUAUUCCAAAACCACCUGUGGUUGAAGUUCCUGAUUAUUCUGUGUUAGACUUCUUUUGCCCUUCUAGUCACAAACCAGACGAUUCUCCACUAUUUCAACUUUGUUAUAAUGACACUUGCAGUUUCACAUGGACUGGUCCGGAUCAUAUUAGACAGGAUAUCUUCGAGUGUCGUACUUGUGGUCUGAUGGAUUCUCUGUGCUGUUGUACAGAGUGUGCACGUGUAUGUCAUAAGGGUCAUGACUGUCGCUUAAAAAGAACUUCUCCAACAGCUUAUUGUGAUUGUUGGGAAAAGUGUUGUUGUCAAAGUCUUAUUUCUGGAUUUCAAGCUUCACGUCAUGAGUUAUUUUAUCGACUAUUGUUCGAAACUAAGUUAGUAUAUCAGCGAAAUGGUCGUGGAGAACAUUUGCUGCUUUACUUAGCUAAAUGUGUAGACCGUCAAGCGCGGGAACAACGUCAACAUCGUCCAUCCAGGCGUCGUUUAACUUCUACUACAAGUCGAACUAAUUCUACUGGCAAUCCACCAGUUACUUCUGCAUCAAAUACAACAUCGAACUGGGAAUCAAACAAUGCAGUUCAAAAUGGUGGGACAGAAGAACCUGAUCAUGAUUUGGAGCCUCCUCGUUUUUGUCGUGAUGCUUUGGAACUGGCUCUUGACUGUCCUACUGCUGUGUAUAGCAUGUUGAUGUCAGAUAAUAAUCCAGAUAUUCUAAGUAACACAUCUGCUGAGCGUAAACCUGGAUUUAUUAAUGAAGACCAGGUAUUUCUGUCAUCUCAAGGAGGGACAAAUCAACUAGAUGAUUUCGUGUUCACACUUAUUUGUAAGUGCCCUACUGAUAAGACUGAUAUUAUCCUGGCUACAUUGAACAAAGGUAUGCGAGAGUUUCCUUCAAGUUUGGAAGAGAUAUCGAACGAUGCAAGCGUUUUUCCCACAUCCACUAAGCUGUGUAAAUCUGGCUUCAUACAUGGGGAAUAUCUUACUUCCGUGGAUAUGAAAAAAGCAGCUGCUCGAUUUGUUCGUUCCGUGGCUCGUGUCUAUGCAAGUUUAUGUUUAGAAUUGGCUCCAGACCAAAAGAAGAAAAGUCGUUUGGGUUGGGCUCAAACAACAAUUUUGGAUAACUGUCGACGAAUAUUCACUGUCCUCCCUUCCAUUGCUUUAAAUGAAUUGCCUAUGCUUGCUGCUAGUCUUCUUGUUCCUAUUCGUAUGGGUACUGUACGACCCUGUGCAUCCUUUUCGCAUACAUCUCAAUCAAGUGAAAUCACCUCGGGACUUGAAUCGUUAAUUAAUGCUGAAAGAAAUUAUUUAACGCGCCAACAGUUGCUCUCUUCUAGUGAAUCUACAAAAUCUGAUGAUCUACCGAGCAGAGGAAUACAGAGCAUCGAUGAUGGAUAUAGGCACCAUCACUCGAACUUCACUGAACAAACUGCUUACCAUAAUGCUACAACAGAACGUGGUACUGUAUCAUCUAGGCGUCACCAUAACGUUGUAUCUACAUUACAUGUCCAAUUGUCGUCACCACCUCAUGUCACCAUUUCGGAUACAUCAGAUUCUGACACUGUCAAAUAUACGCAAGCUGAAUCGAACAUUGAAGCGGUAUCACCGAAUACUGCCACAUCGUCAAUACAUGAUCCAUCAUUAUUGACUCUUCAAAUGCAAUCUACUAUCACUGAUAUUGAAACGAGUGCUCCAGAACAUGUUGAAACGGUUAUGAAUCCGACUGCGGAUAACUUUGACUCUGUUGUCAGAUCGGAAGAAACUAACACAUCUUUCCAUCCUACCGCAUCAACUGGUUCAGUUACCGCUAGCAGCAGUUACUUGAAUAUUGUUGGUACAUCUACUCUCCGUAACGAUGGCUGCUCAGGAACUCAUCAAAUCCAAGCCUCCGAAACUUCUGAAGAGUCUCACUCAUCACCAGCAUAUGAACCUUCUAAUGUUCAGAUUAUUAACUCAGAAACCACUUCAAAUAGACCGGAAGUUACAAACGUUUCUCAUACUGGGGAUGCAGAGUUAGAAGCAUGGUCCUAUUCAAGACGUCAGGAAUCACCAUAUCAUUCUGAUAUUUUCCCUUUGUUAUCGGAGCGUGAUAUUGUAAAUGAUGUAUCUGAUAGUGAUGCUAAUUUUCCUAGCUGUUCUAAUCGUCGAUUAAGUGAAUCUAGUGAUUGCCAUAUAGCGAAACGCCGAAGAACCAUGGAACCAGGUGUUGUUUCUCCAGAGUCCAAGGAUGAUAAUAUUGAGCUUGGUCCACAAACAGCUUAUUCAUUGUCACCAUCAGCUCAAGAUGAACUGCCUUUGUCUAUUCUAGAAACUGAUGGUGGAGUCAGUCAAACGAGUAGUACAGCUGUUACACUAGGCAGCACCACUGAUUUGGAUAUUGGGUCUGAGUUGUCAACGAGUUUAAAUGUAGAAAUGAAUUCAGCAACUAAUUUCACUAACAAUAUGAUGUCGUCUCAAUUGCCCCAUCGUGAUAAUGAAGUCUCUGAUCAGCAGCAUGAAGAAAUAGGAUUUAGUCAACUUCUUAACUCUGAAAUGGAUCUUUAUGAGUCAUCACUUACUAUACAAGAGGGUUCCUUGACAGGUGAACCUGGUUGUAUAAUCAAUGAACAGCAAAAUGAUGAUUAUUCAGUUGCUGAACAGUCUAAUGCUUUUCAUGCUGAAGAUGCUUCUGAUGGUCAGGCUUCAGAUUAUGAUGAAUACGAUGAACAAGAUGACGGUGAUGAUGGUGACGAUCAUGAAGACGAUGAUGACGAAAAUGAAACUGAAGAUGAAGAUGCAGAUCAAGAUGUUUACGGUGAUGGUGACCAGCUCAUAGAAGGAGAAGAUGAAGAAGAAGAUGAGGAGGAGGAGGAUGAUUCUUCUCAUCACAGUGAUGCAUCAAGUGCCGAUGCUGGUAGUCGAUCAACUUCUCCUACUUGGGUUUCGUGGCCAAGAACAUCUUUUUUCUCUCGCCUAGGCUCACGAGCCGUUUCUCAAACUUCUGAUACUGCAGUUACCUCAGCAAACAGUACAGAUACUUUAAGUAGCAUUCGUGAACUAAAUCCGGUGACAACAAGUCAGAGUUCGGCUAACAUAACUUCUGUUUCUACCCAUGGACUCAAUGCUUCUAGUUUAAUUUCUGGACGUCGGGCUGUUCAGUCAGUUAUAAAUUUAAAUCCAUCCACAUCUACUACAACUCCAACUUUAGUUAUCACAAGUACAGGAAAUACAACUGUCUCAACUGAAACUGCUGUUACUAACUCCACCACGUCUGUUGCUACCCCAGCUGUUUCUUCUGCUGCGGGUUGUAUAAUGACAACUCAGGUUUAUUUAUGCCGGGCAUGUGCUUGCCUCUUGCGGGUGACUGCUGACCUUGUAACUGAAGUUAAAGGGGACCCAGAGCAAUUUUCAACUGUACUACGUCGUACAUCAGCCAUCUACCCUAUCAGUCUUUCCUUAACUAUUUAUGAACAACAGCGUCGCAUGCCUGUGUAUCGCGCAGCUAACUUGGUGUCUAUCACUAGCACAUCUUAUAAUCAACCUCAGAGUAACAUCACUUCCUCAGUUUCCCAUUACAAUCCAACCUCAAGAUAUUAUCAUACAUACCCAAUUAAAAACUGUACAACAAGGUCAAAUUCUGUUCCUAUAGAAUCUGAUUCUCACUGUGCACAGUUAGUGGCAUCAGUUGGUGUAGCUUUGAUUCCAAUAUGGCAGUGGGCGUCUUCAGCACUGGAUAAUUUGGAAGCUCAACUACGUUUUAGCACCUCUUGGAAUGCAUGUCUCCCUAAUAAAACGAAUACAAAAGGUGUAUCAAAAAAUAAUGAAAAUCAAGAUGGUGUUAAUCCCGUUUCUGAUAUCCCAACUUCAGGUACAAACAGUGAUAUAAAUUCCAGACGUAAUAAUACACCAGGAUUGAACACACGGAGACCUGUUGCUUAUCCAAACACCACGUCAUCAUCAUCAUUAUCGUUAUCUACAACGAACAUACGUUCAACUUCAACUGAUAUUUCAACUGCUAGUAAUAGUACAGACGGUGUAGCGGUUGUUCUUGGUGAAAAACAAGAUGUCUUAGCCUAUUUAUUUUCCAUUAUGCGAGCUUCAGGUGGUGAUCAUGGUGACAGUGUGCCUAUUGUUGAUCCACAAGUAAACAAGCAUCUUGCUUACAUUUUGGAUGCUUUGUUGUAUUUCUUCCGUGCAUUUAAAUCUUCCUGGCCAUCUGGUAUUACACGACAUAUGAAAGCCCUAUUAUCUGAAUUGAAUGCUAUUCAAAAAUUACGAGAGACACAACAAAAGUUUAUUGAUGAAAUUGGACAGCCAUCAACUUCACCUGUACUUCGUCGACUCCAAAUGUCUUUUGGUAAAUGCUUAGAUUCCGAAGACUAUCUAGUUCCUGAACACAUUACCCAACGCAGUGAUUCGUUCUUCCGUCGUUCAGAAAGUGUUUUGUCUCUAUCAGGUGUCGGUCCUGACUUACUAGAUAUACCAUUGUCAGAAUCAUUACCUCUAGCAUUACAGCCUCAACUGCUGCAACCAACUUCUGAAAGAGCUGAACUAUUUGGCUGUCAUCGACUUUUACCUAUCAAAUCGACAGUUAAUCUUUCCAAUACUCACAAGAAUGAUGAAAUUCCAAUACACAUGAAUGCAAUGUCGAGUACAUGGGGUGAACGUAUGUGCAGGGAUUAUUAUACUAGUGUUUUAAACAACUCCGAAAAUAGAAGUUGUGAGGUUUCAUCGUCUGACGUACAACAAUUAAUGGUUGGAGCGAACUUUUUGGAUUCAGUUGGACAAUCUGCAACUCUGCUUUCACGGUGGUGUUCUACUUUAGAAUUCUUUGGAAACCAUUUCGCCUCUGAUGUAGGAACUGAACAAGGAAGUUAUUAUUUUGAACUUGGUGGAUUUCCAGCAAAAGAAGUUCGAUUCAGAAAACAAAUGGAACGUUUGCGUAACUUGGCACGUAGGGAUUUAGUUUUAGAGGUUGAACGGGAACAUGAUUCACUUAUUUUAAACACAAUCAAAUCAUUGAACGUAGAGUAUUCGAAGCGUCAGUCUCUUACAUCAUCUAACAGUUUUACUAACACAACCACCAGUAGUUCACUUGCAAAUAUGAACGAUUCGCCACUUUAUCAUCCCACUUCAAACAACCAAGAAAGAGAUCCGUCUUUGCCUCGUCUCAGCGCAAAUGCUAGUCAUGUGGCCGUUGCUCUUCUUCUUGGUACUAAUCCUGAUUCACCGUUGCUAGGAUCGUUAUUCAAUACUAGUCCAGUAACUCCUCCUUCUUUAGUUACUGGAAAUUCAAUCGCUUCAGCCCCGCAGCCAGUUUUGACAUGUCGACGCAUUAAAGUUACUUUCAAGGAUGAACCUGGUGAAGGUACUGGUGUUGCUAGAUCGUUUUUCACAGCUUUUACGGAAGCUGUGUUAUCACAAGAAUCUUUGCCUAACUUGAGUUCACUUCUUCAGCAAAACUCUUCGAGCAAUCUGUCACUAUCGCUUCGUCGUCCCUAUCUCUAUUCACCUGUGAACCGUUCUCAACCAAAUACUCCUACGAGUAGACAGACUUCAGUUUUAGUGCAAUCAACAGCAUCUAGUUUAUUUCAACCAUCUACUCAAUCAGUAACUAGCAGCAUCCAGUCUCAUUCUGUAACUAGUGGUCAACAAAUAACACCAUCAUCUCAAGCCUCCGUUUCCAUUUACCCGUAUCAUGUUCAACCUCGAGCGCAUACAUACACAGUUGGAUCACGUCCAAGAUUAAGCGCUUGGCGACGAACUGGAGCACUUUCAGCAAACGCUUCCCCAUUUUAUCCAGUGUCAACUCAAGCAGUAUCAUCAUCAGUUGAUUGUAGUCCUCAAACAAGCUCUUCUAAUGCGUCAGCAGUUCAGGCACCUGAAAUAUCACAUGCUAAUCCAAUAACUACAGAGCAUCUCGCUUCAUCAAGGUGUCCUGACAUUUCUGCCUCAACACAGCCUAUUAGGUCCAGUGUAGACGCUUCCCCAGUGUCGAGUCCUGACCAAGUUCAAGAUCUGUCCGAUACUGCUGCAAUCGCUCAAAACGACGCAACAAGUGUAAAUUAUGUUGCAAACCGACUAUUUGCACAUAUUGAGCCGCUAUUAAGAAAUGAACAACUAACUGCUCGUGUCACUGGAAUGCUUCUUGAAUUACCAGCUUCGGAACACGCAGUAUUACUAACGAAUGAAGAAGCCUUAUGCAAUCGCGUUGAUGAAGCGAGAGCCCUUAUAACUAUGUCUGAUACAAAUGAACAAAAUCAAAGCGAUCAUCCUCGGGUUCCCGUCACUGUCAGCCAACCGGUUCUAGAAGGUUUAGUAAACUGGCGUGAUGUAACUGUGCCUUCCGUUGUCGCUCCUACUACACAAUCUAAUCUAUCUUCGUCAAGUUCAUUUGCAGAAGAUCUAGAACGUGUUCCACUUUUCUGGCAGCCUGGUUUACAGGGUUAUUAUUUCCCUCGAGCAGUUCCUGGUUGUAAUGUCACUUCCAGCCAUUCCUAUGAUUCGACUAAACUGGCGGCAAGAUAUUCUAUAUACAGAGGCAUUGGUCGUGUAAUCGGUUUGUGCUUGCUGACGAAUGAAACUUGUCCAUUACACUUCAGUCGGCCUGUGUUGAAGUGUAUUCUUGGUCGCGUUCUUCAUUGGCAUGAUUUUGCGUUUUACGACCCUGCGACGUUUGAAGGAUUACGCCAGCUUCUCCUUCAUACUUCUGAAGAUCCUUUGAAGCCUCCCGGAAGCAUAGAAGACUAUAAUCUCACUUUUUCACUUAUUCCUGCUUUGGAAGAAGGUGGUUCGACAUCAUCAGGUACAGUUAAUCAAACUACUACUGGUACUUCAUCGUAUGCUUUGGUGCCUGGCGGUGAUGAAAUUGAAGUCAAUGAAAGUAAUGUAUUCGAUUUUGUUAAGAAGUAUACAGAGUUCAAAAUGUUAACAGCAGUUCAAGAACCAUUGCAGCAACUUCGACAAGGUGUAUUUGAUGUACUUCCUCGAAAUGCAUUCGAUGGACUAACACCUGAGGAUUUACGUCUACUGCUAAAUGGGACUGGUGAUAUAGACGUUGAUGUUUUAUCUGGAUAUACAACAUUCUUAGACGAAACAGGAACAGGCUCAAACAUAGAUUUAACUAAAAGCUGUGAUAAUGUGAAUCGUUUGAAAAAAUGGUUUUGGAGUACUGUUCGUGGAAUGGAUACUAAGCAGCGCCAAGAUCUGCUAUACUUCUGGACGUCCAGCCCAACUCUUCCUGCUAGUGCACUAGGAUUUCAACCUGCCCCAUCAGUUACGGUGAAACCUCCGGAUGAUCAUCAUUUGCCAUCUGCAAACACUUGUAUUUCACGUCUUUACAUCCCACUGUAUUCAUCAAGACACAUUUUAAGAAAUAAACUGUUACAGGCAAUUGAAACAAAAAGUUUCGGAUUUGUAUAAUUUCACUUUGUAAAACGUUUCCCCCAUCAAUGUUAUCCCAAAUAUUGUAAAUGAAGAAAUAUAUUAUUCGUGAAAAUAUGGCAUAUAUUAAAGUUGAAAAUUAUCAAGUGUGUAAUAAAUUAAUCAGAUCUGG